AUGUGCCACCAGUGCGGACAAACCGUCCCUAGCGAGCGAGGCCGGUCAAGGGCCGACAGCCAGAGCCAUUUCAGUCCGAAUAAGUCGGGCUGGUCAGAAGUGAGGGACGAUGACGUGCAUAUGCGUGGGAUGUCGGAACGGACCCCGACCGAAGGCGGCCGAGCAAGCAUCGCCGAAGAGGUGGUGAUGGAGGAAGACGAGGAAGAGGAAGAGGAGGAGAGGGCGUUCGCUUUGGAGGAACUACCACUCCAUAUCGAGGCGGAUGUGGAAGAGCCUGAGAGGACACCGCUAGCAAAGGCGGCAUUUGAGCGGCUGCGCGAUCCGGAAGACAAGGCGCCUAAAGAAGCCGAGCCCGCUCAAUUAGGAGAGGAGGAGAAGGUGUCUGCAGUGGAAGACGAGCCACGCGACCAGGGAAUCGCCGAGCUAGAGAGCCUGUCGAGUGGCCAGCCGGACGAGAUUACGGAGGACGUGGCGGACAAGGAGCCGGAAACAGAGGAGCUCGAGUUGGAUGGACAGGAAGCUCGCGAGGAGGAUGACGCCCAGAUACCCAUUGCGGUGGCCAUUUCCGGCGACGUCGAUGUUGAUUCCGCCCCAGACUUCACCGUCCCCGAACUUCCUCGGGUGGCGAGACAGGAUGAAAAGGUGGGCGAGUUUGACCCCAUGGCGCCGAGGAAUAGGAUCGUGCCUCCUUCUGUCAAGGGGUUGGAGAAGCCGGUUAUUGUUGUCGUGAGACCGACUAGCGUUUACUGGUGA